CCCUGUCCUUUUAUUCUCUCUCUCUCUCUCUCUCUCUCUCUCUCUCUCUCUCUCUCUCUCACACACCCAUGUAUGCACACUGACCUCUUUUCGACUGUGCCCCUCUCUCUAAUGUGUGACGUCCUGAAAUUUCGUCUUCCUUUGCUUUGCUCUGACGAGGACACUGGAAUGUCCAACAAUCACAUGAAGGACACAAAUAACAACUACAACAAGUCUCUCCUCGAUGACCAGAAGGGGAAGCUGAUUCAGGCUAUUAAGAAGAUUAAACAUGAAAUCGAUGAGUGCAAUGAAGCUGAGAAAGACACCUAUGCGGAGGCCAUGGAUGUGGAGAGUCAGUUUGAGGACAUGGAGCGGGAAAUCAGGGCAGAGUUCCAGAAUCUUCAUCGCUUCCUUGAUGAAGAAGAGGAGAGGGACCUGGAGCGGCUAAGAAGGGAGCGAGACAGACGAGUGAAGGUGCUAAAGGAGAGGGAGAAGAAGAUUGCCCUGCAGGGCCGUGACCUGGAGAGGGCCAUCGAGACACUUAACUGCAAACUAAAGGAAGAGGACAGCCCCAAACUUCUGAAGGAAAUUAAAGAUCUGCUGAAAAGAUGCGAGGUGAAUUUUAUCCGCCCUCCUCCAGUGGACAGUGAGAUUUGCUCAGGCCAGUUUGUGGGGCCCAUUCAGUAUAGGAUCUGGAAACAUAUGAGGACGUCUCUGUAUCCAAACAUAUCCAUGGUGACAUUUGACCCUGAGACGGCGCACCCGCUGCUUGCCAUCUCUGCUGGUGACACGACAGUGCAUUUUGAGGAGGAGAAGGAGGUGGAGGAGGUGGAGGAGGUGGAGAAUAACCCGAAGCGCUUCCACUACUACUACUGCUUGAUGGGCCGGGAGGGUUUCAGUCACGGCCGCCAUUACUGGGAGGUGGAUGUGCGGGGGAAGACGGCGUGGAGGUUGGGCGUGGCCAGAGAAGACAUACCGCGUGGCGAGAUGGACUCGUCCUCUGAGGCCAACGGCUUCUGGACGCUGGCUCUGAAGAACGGCUCUAUCCUGGCCUGUACCCAUCCUAAGCCCACGCUGGUUCGAUCUGCCACUAUGCCUACCCGCAUUGGGGUGUUCCUGGACUGUGACAGGGAGGAGGUGUCCUUCUACAAUGCUGUCACCAUGAUGGCACUAUUCUCGUUCUUCACAGGCCCCUUGCUAUUGCCUGUCUUUCCGUUUUUCAACCCCUGUGACACAGAUGAAGGCAAAAACCUCACCCCUCUCUCAAUCUUCUAUCCCUCACUCUGAAUUUUAUAGAAAUAGCUCAACUAUUCAUGUUAAUAAAUUGAAGCUAAUGACUCCAAAGGUGAUAAAACCCCAAUAGCAUUCCCAGUAUCACCCUUACAGCAUUAAUGUUUACCUAAGCGUGCAAUAGUGAUCAAUAAUUUGGCCCGUACAGAAAAAAAUGACUUAAGGCCGGUUCACACCGAAUUUUCAAGUUCAAUCAAGUAUUAAAAAACGAAUGCAUGCAAAUUAAUACCGUCUUUCUUAUGAACGUAAUGGGCUGUCACACUGUGUAAAUCUUUUAAUCAGAACCUGCUUGAUUUUCUGCGUUGUACAGAUGCGUUUAAAAUCAAACUGACCAAUCAGAGCGCAGUUGUCAUGGUUGCAGCCCAAACAAAUGUGCAUCAAGAUGACCACUUCUCUAAAAUCUGCACAUUUGUGUCCUCAUUUCUGACUCUUAUUUAUCAUUGAUAUACUAGACAUAACCGAGGUGAUAAACUACAGAGUGAUAAAAUCAAAACAUAUCAUACAUGUGACAAUAUCAUGCCACAAUAUGCUACAAAUGUAUACUAGCUAAAUUAAUUAAGGCAUUGUUAGUAUUUCUCACUGCCCGCCUGCUCGGAUAUGCCCUCAUCCUCCUUAAGGUUUUGUUGCACUUUUUGCCUCUGCUGUCCAUCUUUACACGAUGCGUUUUAAAAUUGUUACAUCGGUAAUGCAACUUAAGUACUGCUGUGCUGAAUUUGAUACGCUAAUGUCUCCAGGCUGAUGUUAUCCUCAUAUUUUAAUUUCUGUUCCAUCUUAAAUAGUUACGCACUGCUACCUGCACCUCCAUCUGAAUGUAACUACCACAUCUUUUCAGGUGUAACAGGAAUAAGUUGCAGGGACUGCUGGUUUCCUUUACUAUAGAUCUACUGUCUGAGCAUUUUUUGCUUAUAUGUGUUUAUAUAAUAUAUGAGUUCAUACAUUAGUUCCCAGUAAACAGCCCAAAAUUCCACUUGGAAUUCCAAUGUCUCCUCAUUUUUCCGAUUACCCGCUCCAGCAUUGGCAGAUCACGGCUGAAAGGCUGGAGAAUGACGGUAAGCAACUUACACGUUUAUGUAGGUGCAUCCUUGUCUGUUUAUGUCCGCAAAGAAUACCAUUAGCCUUUUUCUCAAAUGAAUGCACAUAUGGUGAUGUUAUUGUUUUGUAGUUGAUCCUGGCAAAAUCUCUGCUUCACAUUUAUCAGAAAGAGAAGAGGAUUGAUGGGCUCCCUGCCAUUCUUUCGCUCCUUGAGUGAGAGGGGCAACAAGAAGAAGCAGAGGCUCGACUUCCCCCAGUGACGUACAAAAAUACCUUCAGAAUCUCUCGUUAUACAGCUUCACCUCCUGUAUGAGGCAAUGAAACUGCCCAUGUUGUUGUUUUUUCCGUGGAAUGGAGUGAAUCCAAAAAAAAUAACCGCGCUUGGUGUGAAUAGGCCUUCAGACCCGGAAAUCUUUAUUUGUAUACUUUCCCAACCAGAUGAUGGCGCAAAGCCUCAGAGAUGUGUUUGCCUAAUGCUAUUCGUCAGCCAUUCAUUUUCCGACAUUGAUUUGUUGUUGGCUCUUACUUUAAAUACAUCCUAGACAGGUGUGCAUUGUGUAGGGGUGUAAACACGCAACAAUCUGAAGACGCACAGUGCAGCUGAAUUGAUGAUGGAAUGUUAGAAUGAAUUGUAAUUGACCUGGAAAACUGAAUGUCUCUGGCUUUUUUCAAAAUAAAAUAUAGUAUAGUUUGAA